AUGAAGGCUGCAUCUGUUUCUCUGCUCCUUGGUGUGUGUGUGCUGCUGCUGCUGUCUGCACUGACUGUUUCUGCAGUCUCUCUGUCUGUCAGCCCAAACCUUCAGCAGUUCUUCAGAGGAUCUUCUUCAGUGUCUCUGAGCUGUGUUGAUGAUGGACAGACAGUUGAUGGAUGGACAGUGAAGAGGACCAGAGGAGGACUCAUUGAGGACUGUGGAGCAGCUGGAGGUUUUGGGACGGUUCAUGAAUCCUCGUGUGUUCUGGAUCUCUCCGUUCACUCUGGUGGAAAUUUCUUCUGUAAAAACCUUUCUGGACAGCAGAGCGAUGAAGUCUCCAUCAGUGUUUCAGAUGGUUCUCUGAUCCUGGAGAUCCCUGCACUUCCUGUGAGGACAGGAAGUGACAUCACCCUGCAUUGCAAACCAAGUGAUGGUGACACAGUCGCAGCUUAUUUCCGUUUUAAUGGAAGUAAUGUUGGAUCUGUACCUAAAUCAGAGCACACCAUCACUAACAUCAAGCAGUCUGAUGAAGGUCUCUACUCAUGUUCCACUGAUACAUUGGGAUCAUCUCCUCGAAGCUUUCUGAGGGUCAGAGGUCAGCACACUGAGAUCACCUCCUGUUUAAAGACCAGCACUAAUCUGCUGACCUGA